AUGGCUACUGACAGUUUGAAAGAGUACGAAAAGCUCAAAAAACAAUUACAACAGGCUAUUUUGAAGAAGAAAUCAUUAGAUAAACAAAUAACACAAAUAGAGGAAGAUAUAUUUCAAAAAGAGACAAUGUAUUUAUCAGAAUCACAUAAUUCCAAUAUAGUAAGGGGGUUUGAAAGCUUGAAUAAGCUGAAUCAAUCCAGCAAUGUUAAUAAGAAGAAGCUGGUAUUCACUGAUGAUGAUAGAGUGUUCAGUCUGAGUUCACAUACAUUUGUUAGACAUCUACAGAAGAAGAAUGAGUUGGAUGAAGAUGAUGAUGACAGUAAUGAAGGUACACCAGUUGCAAGUGCGUCAAGUACCACAAAGAAGAGGAAAAGAGCUGAAGAAUGA